AUGACAAAAAGUUGCGCAGCGGUGCGUGUUAAGAAGAGUGAGGAUACUAGUCUGAUACGAGUUUGGAUAUGGGGAUCGAGCUCUAUUAGAUUUACUCGAAGUCAUUUGCUGCGCGAGAGAGCGAGACUUGAUGCGGUAUCUGGAGAGUGCUGGAAACCAAGUUGUUCAUGUCCUGUAGCUGUUUAUCCGAUCCGAUGA